GGUCCCAAGUAGUUUUGCAUUUCGUGUACAAGGCCUUAGAGUAUCAUUUUUAUUUCAUUGUAAUGAUGCAAAUUUUAUUGUUCAAUGCUAAUAGCAAUUGCCUCACUGUGUACUAAUCGAUGAAAGUUAAAUUAUUGUAACAGCGAAUUAAUAGUUAUGAUUCUAAUCCGUGUUGUGGAAAACUUGAAGCAGUGUAGUAAUCCAAUAGUAAGAGCAUCAUUUAUAAUAUGAACUUAGUUUUAUUGCACCACAAGAAUAUGAGUGGACAAAUCAAUUUCAGUUAUCAAGAUGGUGAUAUUGUUUGGGUAAAAUUAAGGUCUUACUGGUGGCCUGGACAAGUUGUUGGUUCAGAUAAGUUACCAGAUGACAUUCAAAAUGAAUUUAAAAAGAAACCAUUACUUGCUGCUGUAAAGUUUUUCCAUGAAGAUUCAUAUGAGUUUGUUAAAAACCAUCAACAAAUUUAUAAAUAUAAUUGUGCACAAAAAGAGGAUUUCAUCAAAAGAGGCUUAGAUAAAUUCAGAACUAAAAACAAGGAUAGAUCUAACUUUAUGAAAAAAUUUCCAGAAGAUGUGAAGAUGGCUGAAACCUUGACAAACGGAAACCCUAACAUAAUUCUCGAUAACAGAUUUAGUCCAGACAAAAAACCUGAUGUAUCGGGAUUGUUUGGUGAAAAAAAAAUGCUCAAAAAAAAACGUGCACGCGACGAUUUAGAUAAAAAAAAUAAUUUCAAAAUCAAAGUCACUCAUCCUAGGUUUAUAAAAAAAAAUGAUCAUGAAAUUCGUAUUAGGCAACAGCCUAAAAUAUCACCAUUAAUUUAUAAUAGUUCCCUGCAUGAAAUAUAUCCGUGUCAUGUGUGUGAUUUUACUUCGACGCGGGUUAAUGUAAUCAUUUACCACCUUAAAAACCAUAGGUCCAAUAAAGAGACAGCGACAGUGGGAUAUAGAUACUAUUACGAUGCGAAACUUAAAAAAGUAGCAACUCAUUGUACGACAAAAAAGUAUGUUAAGAGAUCUACGUCUCGUAAAAAAAAUGAAAAUAUCGACGUAGAAAUUAAAAAACAGAAUAUUCUCCCCUGCACUGAUGAUUCUGCAAAAACAGAAAAAUCAGAUCCUGAAUUACGAGAAAAGUUACUUGCUGACUGGAAUGUAGAUUCAGAUGAAGAUGAAAGUAUAAAUUCAAAAAAACCUUUGUUGGAUUCUCUAACAGCAUCAAGAUAUUCUUUAUCUAGCGAAAAUCGUAUCAUAGAUUUUGCAUUACAUAAUGAUGACUUCGAAAGAAAUAAGUCUGACAACAGUAAGCUUCUACGGGAGUCUAAUGAACUGUUACAAGAAACAAACAAUUUUAUCCAAUUAGCUACUUCAAUUCAUGGAUCUAAUAAAGUGUGUAAUUUACAGCCCCUCGAAGAAUGUGAAAAUUCCGAAGCUCUAAUAUUAGAAAAAAAUGAUUCGUUUUUCGUGAAUAGACCAAAGAAAGAACAAUCCAGGACAGAAAUUGAUGGUGACAAAAAAUCGCGAUUAUCUUGCUUUGAUUUUGACGAAGAGGAUAUUUCAGAAUCAAGUAUAUUAUCUGUCCGGAAGCUUUCUAGAGGCUUAGGCUGUAAAAACAUCUCAAUAAAAAAAGAAAUAAUAAAAGAAUUCGAAAUGAAUCAGGCUCUCAAAAGGACCUUUGAUGAUCCAAAGCUCUGUAACACAACACCGAAGAAAAAAAAACAUACAGAAGAUGAUAAACUUUCAUUUAUUUCCACAAACGGUUUAAAAAACUCUAAGGAUGAUGAUAUGAACGAAAAUAUCGACAUUAUUAAUACUGAAAUGAUUGAACCAUGCCUUGAUCAAAAGUUAGGUAAUUUUGAGAUUGAUCAUAAAAAUGAAAAGCUCACCAAAAACAAUGAAGAAAAUUUUAAUUUUUCACAAAAAUCUUUUGAACUAGAUAAUAGUGACUUAAAAAAAGAUGAAAAUUUGGAUGAUAUAUCAACACACAUUUCCGCACAUGAAUUAACUGUUAAUGAAAUCGUAGAUAAUAUAAAAUCAAUUGCUUGUAAAAAAAACAUCGGGGACAAUGUAUUUAGGCAAAAAAAUAAGAAACUUGUUUCACCUAAAAAGCUUACUGUUGCUAGUGAAAGUGAUACUUUAAUAAUAGAAGAUCAAAAAUCAGAUAUUUACCUACAUCAGAAUGAAGCUAUAAAAACAUCUACAAUAAGACAGGAAUGUAAUAUUAAUCAAUCAUUAUCAAAUAACGUUAUAAAGUCUGAAAAUAACGAGAAAAUUACACUUACAGAUUGUAAAAUUGAAAAACAAAAUCAUCUUAUAUUCAACAAGAAGACAGAACAUAAAAGUAAUGUAAACUCUGAAAUAACAAUUGUGGAUACAGAACAUAAUUUUAGUAACGAUAAAAUUAGUUUCUGCCUUAAUGAGUUACAACAAAAGAGCGAAGUAGAGGAUGACAUAAUACCCAUAUUUACUCCAGACACAAAAUCUGGUUUACGUAUGCAAUCUGAAACCACUUCAUUGGGAAUCUGCGAUGACCACAAAAAAUUCGAAAUAAAAUCAUCAGAACUCAAAAUAGAUGAAACCAAUCAAAUGCCAAGAAAAAAUUUUGCGGUCAAUUAUUUGAAUAAUGAGUCAUCUAGUGAAAUUAAAAAUGCCACUUACCCUUUAUUACAUACCAAGAGAAAUGUUUCUCUUUCAAAUUUUGAAAGUAAUUCUUGCACUAAAAACUUGGAUGUAACACUUUUCAAUGAUGGUUAUCAUGGUAAUAUUGAAGUGAACAGAGUGUUGAUUGACGAUGUUCCAACAGAUGUUAAAGCUCUUCCUAAUAUUAUUGCAAAUGAUGAACCGUGCGUUUUAGGUGAUAAUAUGAACUUGAAUGAAAAAAAAACAGUUAUUGAACUGAAUAGAGCCCUUGACAACAGUUCUAUGCAGAUAAAACUUGAUACAAAUUUUAAAGAUAAAAAUGAAAAGUGUAUUGAAAUUAUAAGGUACACUGUUUAUGAAAGCGCAAAUCCACAACUAAGCUCACCAAACAAAGCUUAUGUUACAAAAAAUCCUAUGAAAAAAGAAUGUGAGUGUGAAGAAAUGCUUCUACAGAAUACUGAAAAAACUGAUUUAGUAUUAACCGAAGAUAAAGAAGAAAAAGAAGAAUCAAAACAAAUCUGUACAGCUGGUUUUACAGAACCAGUCCUGAAAGAUAAAAAUAGUGAUGUAAGAUCUGAUAUUUGUGAUAAUGACUUUAAAAAAACCAUAGAUAUUCUAGAACAUUGCUUACCAGAUAAGGAAAAAGAUUCAAAAUGCUCGCGUGAAGUUAUUCCGCUUGAUAAUUCAAAUUAUGAACAAUAUUCGUGUAAUUUAUUGGGUGUAAACGAAACGAGUAAUUUAGAAAGUAUGAAAAAUGAAGUAGAAACAAGUCAUAAUGUAACCAUUAACACUGUCAAGGACACUAUUACUCCUCAAAUUCUUACGAAAGAUAAAUCUCUUGAAGUUCGUGAUGUUUCUGAAAAAAUAGAUAAAAUGACUUCUGAUUUAAAUGUAAAAUUAGUUAAAAAAGAUGAACUUGUGAAAUUAGCUGGAACAGAUGGUGUCUUGAUCCCAGUUAAAAAGCGAGAAAAGCCAAGAAUCAUUGAAAAUGUUACUUUAAAAGAACCUAUGAUUCUUAAAGCAAAGUUUGGCGGGAAACGUGGAACUAAAAUUAAUAAGCAUAAGCCGAAAAAUGUCCAUAUUAAACUCAAUGAUUCAAAAUGUUUCAUGACGACAAAAUUUAUCAAAGAAGCUGAAACUUGUAAGAACGUGAAAACCGUAAAUAAUGAUACACACAGCAGUCUACUUCGAGAAUGUGAUGUUAUCAAUCUUUCUAGUGGUAUGCCGAUACUCAAUCAAAACAGAAAAGAGGAUCAAAGUUUUACCAAUUUUUCCCAAACAGAAUCAAAUGUCUUAAGCCCCAAAAAAUGUGUAAAGCAUUCUGAAAGUAUCACUAACAUAGAAUUUGAUAUUAAUUCAAUGCCUUUUGUUUUUAGUGAAGAUGUUUUAUCAGCAGAGAGCAUUGAACAAAUGCCGGUUUUAAUAUCUUCAGAUUUACCUAAAGUUAAUCAGAUAAAUACUUCUUUAUCACAAACUUUAAAGACAUCGGAUGAAAAUAAAGUUGUAACGAGUGAAACUUUCGAAACAUUCAGACAAGUUAAUUCAUUAAAUGUUAUGAAAAAAAAGGUGGUUACCCCAACAGUUUUAAAAAAUAAAAUUAAAGCGAAACCAAUGAUAACUAGCAUUAAAACAAUUGUACCACCUGUUAAAUCCAAGAUACCGAAAGGUAAUUACCAGACCAGUUUACAACCUUUAAUAUCUUCUGAUGAAAAAAAAUCUCCCGGAAAAUAUGUGAUUGUUCAAACAUCUGGUCAACACACUUACAGUACUCAUCAGAGUGUAACUAUUCCGGAUAAUGAAAAUUCUGCGAAUGCUCAAAUAGUACAGCAAGGUAGCAAAGUAGUUAUCAUAACUUCUCCUCAACAUGAUCAGUUUCAAACGCAUUUACCAUCGAACUCUGUUUCUAAAAGUUCAAGUACCGGGAAAACUCAAAAAGUCAUGAAAAAACAUGAAAGUCGCAAGAUGCAUAACUUAAACUGUCAUAGCCUUAACAAAUCUUUAACACCUAAAAAUAAUCAAAUUAAAAAUACCCCUCAUGUGUAUGAAUUAGCUAAUAAAAAAAAUUUCACCGAAGAACAAGGAUCAUUGAAAAAUGAUUCAUCUACAGCUUCAAAACAACGAUCAUCUUUAAUUUUGAAUUCAACUCAAACUCUUUCUUCAAAAAAAAGUUCUUCAGUUUCAGCAAACUCUUCUAUUCUCAAGGAUGAAGAAACUACGGCAAAAAAUAUUUGUAGUUAUGAUACGUUGUCUCAAAGUCAUAUAAGACCUAAAAAUAUUCCAACUUCAAUAUCUCCCACAGUUGUUGAUCAAAUAUUAACUAACCCUCAAAGUAUUAUCUCAAAAGGAACUGUUUUAACUCCCAUUACUGGGUCUCAAGUUAAAGCAAUAGCAGCCAAGCAAUCAAAAGGAAACAUGUAUGAUUGUAAAAAAUCUCAAAACAUAGUUCUAAAUGCAGGAAAACAUAAAAAAUUAAUCACAACAAACUUUUGUAAAGUUACUCAAAACACUUAUGAUAUGAAUGUGCCGAAAAAAAUUUUGUUGCGGCAAACCAACGACGUAAUGAAUAAAACAAAUAUAAAAGAAUAUACUGAAGAGUUAAUAAAUCAACAACCAUUACCGUACAAGAUCGAAACACACCGUGAAGUACAAAAAGGAGAUAGUGUAACUGAGAAGGUCGCAGAUAAUUCUAAAAAAAAAGAAUUUUUAUACUUAUCUAAAACUGUUAAGGUCAAUACCCUCAAUCCAAGUUCUAAAUUAUGUGAAUCACUCAAUAGUAGUAAAACUUUGCUCAAAAAUAUCCAAAAAAAAGGAUUAAAAAAGCAAACAGAAGUAUUGAAUUAUUUAGACAAUACGUCUAACAGAUCAAGUAUAACACCUUCAAGUUUAAAUGUAUCUUCACCAACAGCAAUAGCUCACUUAAGUGAAAAAAAAGGAGUAAGUAAAGGAUCUUCAAAAAAAUUAAGUCCAGUAAAUCCAACAGUUUCACUACAUCCUGAUAUUGCUUCUUCUGAAGAAGAGAAAUAUAGAGACUUACAAAUUUCUAAUGAGACUCAAUUCAUGGUACUACCUGCAGAAUGUAAUGAAGAGGCACAAACUUAUGUGUUUGUUGCAGUAAAUGAGCAAGGCGAUCUAAUUUCAUUAGAUGAUAGUUCGGCCAUAACUUUAAACGAAAAUUUACCUUCUGAACAUAGUAAAACUGUUUAUAUUGAUUCUAACACCUUAUGUGGAUCUAAAAACUUAGAUAACAUAGUACUUCAUAUUGAUAACAGCUCAUUUUCAGCUGUAGGUCAAAGGGGAGAAAAAACUUUGAUUUCAGAAUUGAGAACAACCAUUGAAACAUCACCAUCUAAAGAAGUUUCUCAUACUUCUAAUCAAGAUAUUCUUGCAGUAGCUUUAGCUGAUACAGAUUUCAAUCAGGAGGUAAAUUCAGUUGAAUUAGUUACGUCUAACAUAAUGACAACUGUUACAGAAUCAAGUCUUAUAAGUCAAGCCAUACUACAGUCAACAAUAAUACCUCCAACAGAGCGAAUAUCGUCACUCUCAGUUUUAGAAACAUCAUUAACUUUGAAUCAGCCAAUAAUGAGUUCAGUUGAAGUACCAAGUACUGUGUUUUGUACUAGUAACACUAGUACAUUAUUUACAGCAACUAAUACAGAAUUGUCAAACAUGGUAUCUCAUCAAAAAGGAUGUAACAUUUUGAUAGAAAAAACAGUACUACCCAUAACUGAGGACGAUCGCGCAUCAUUAUUAGAUAAAACUAUUGAGAAAAAAAGUACAAGUGAUGAAAUCAUUGAUAGUUAUCGUAGCAGCUGUCACAAAACUCUAAGUAAAUCUAAUGAAGUGUACUCUGAAAACACUACAAAUAAGAAAAAUGAGAGGUUAUCUUUUUCAACUCCUUCAGUACAUCACCCAUCGAUUGAUAUAAGCCAAAGAGUUAUUAUGACACCUGAGAUUAAAGCUAAAGUACGCAGCAAUCACGUUGAUCUUGGUCGUGAAACUGAGGCAUCAAAUGAUCAAAUUAUAGACAGUAAAAUAUUAAAUUUAGAAACGUGUAAAACAUCACAAGAUAGUUUAGAAUUGAGUAAUAAUGUGGCAUCUCACAUAACGACAAAAGAAAAUAACAUUACGAAAUUGCAUCCUUCAAAUAAUGAUGUUUACAAAAACCUAGAUACAUACAUAGAAAAUUCAAAUUCAAUACAUAAUUUAGGCGAAAAGAUCAUACAUCAGUGUGAAGAAAUGGGUGUUAAAGAAAAACAUCUGGCUACAUCUUUUCAGAAUAAUAAACAAAACGACACGUCUUUAGAAUACCAUACUAACAGUAAAAUAAGAAGUUUAAUUAAUUCACUAAGUAAUGCUGCUAAUGAAUCAGAAGUUAACCAUGAUUAUAAUAAUUCUAUCCUUUUGUCUCAGUGUGAAUAUGAAAAAGCAGAAACUAUACCAACUAUAAACAAUAAGUCUGAUGUUAUACACGAAAAAAAUUCAGGCUUUCGAUCAAAUAAUACUGUAACUGAUGAAAUUAAUACCUCUGUAGGAAAUUUUAUCCUGAAUGAAGAUGAAACUGCCUGUUCAUCGUACAUCCCGGAAACUCCUGAAAACCAAGAAAGAGACCAAGAUCAAGAUAGUGCGAUUAGUACCUCAUCAUAUGAAAUCCCUCCAUGCGAAGAGCUCAAUAUCACAUCAUCAAAUAUCAUAUCAGUAUCGACGAAUUGUGAACAUUCUAGUAUUCAUAAUAAUGGAGUAUUGGAAAUACCAACUUCUCCAUAUUCUACAAAUCCGGAUUCUAUUGCUAGUUGUGGUGAUGAGGUUGCAGAAUCUUGUUAUGAAAACCAAUUAAUAACUGAGCCAAGUGUGUCAACGUCCUACCAAGAUGGUAUAUCUAUACCAAAUUUCAGAGAAACUCAGCUGGGUUCUCACAGUAAUGUAAGUAGUGAUUCUAAGAAUACAAUUAAAACUGCUAAUUUUUAUAAUCAUACAGAGAUGACAAAAAGCUACUUUGAGAGCAUUAGCAAAGUGACCAACCCUACAAGAGAAUUAAAAAAUGACUUAGAGGAAAAAACACUUCAAUAUUAUGAAGAUAAUUCUGAAAAUAUCAGUUCAGCUUCAGAACUUUAUUUAAAUGAAGAAGUAAACUCAAAUUUUAAUAGUCAUGAUGCUUCGGACAAUUAUUAUGACUCACAGUCAGAAAUUAUUCUUGAUCAAAGUUAUUAUUCCACCUCUGGUAAUAAAUUACACUGUCACUCAGUUCUCCAAAACCAUAAAGAAGCUCAGCAUUUCUGUCAAAAAAUGGAAAAUAAUGAACAAAAAAGCGAGAAAAUUUCUUAUGCUAAUAAAUGUGCUUUAGAUAGUGUUUCGGACUCUUCUAAACUAGAUGAAGCUGUACAAAUUAAUGACACCAGAUCUGCAAACAAAAAAUCUAUGAUAUAA